GAUGGUCAACUGAUUCCUUGAUUUUGGGAUUUCUAAACUACUCUGAAUAACUGAAUAGUUAGUGUAUCAACACAAAAGCCAAGGAAGAAAGAAUGAGGCUAUCAACAAUUAUAUUUUACGCCAUUAUUCCACUUUUCGUGGUGCAUUUGGAGUUGGCAUUGUGCAGAUCAUUCACGAUUGACUACGAACGCGAUUGUUUUCUUAAAGAUGGAAAAGAAUUUCGUUAUAUUUCCGGCGGUUUUCAUUAUUUUAGAGCGCCAAGAUUCUACUGGAAGGAUAGACUAUUGAAGAUCAAAGCCUCAGGUCUCAAUGCUGUGCAGAGUUAUGUUCCUUGGAAUAUUCAUGAACCCACCCCAGGACAUUAUAAUUUUGAUGGCGAUGCAGAUCUUCUUGCUUUUAUCCAAUUGAUCAAGGAAACCGGUCUACUGAUGGUCUUAAGACCAGGACCAUAUAUCUGUUCUGAAUGGGAUUUUGGAGGUCUUCCAGCAUGGCUCCUGAAGAAUCAAUCCAUUGUCAUACGUUCAUCUCACGAUAAAACAUAUAUGGACGCUGUUACAUCUUGGAUGACGGUACUUCUUGGUAAAAUAAAGCCAUUUCUGUAUGUAAAUGGUGGUCCUAUCAUUUCUGUUCAGGUUGAAAAUGAAUAUGGUAUAUACCCAAUCUGUGAUCAUGAUUAUAUGAAAUAUUUACAAGGUUUAUUUGAAGAUGUUUUGGGAAAAGACGUUAUCUUAUUCACCACAAAUCCCGCAGUUACACGUGUAAUGGAAUGUGGGACAAUUCCGACUUUAUUUAACACCGUUGACUUUGGACCAGGUGAUAAUGUAACAGCGGCGUUUGAAGUGAUGAGAAAAUAUCAACCCCAUGGUCCUUUGGUAAACAGCGAGUUCUACACAGGCUGGUUAGAUAAUUGGGGUAAACCUCACCAGACCAGAUCUUCUGAAGUCGUUGCCGGCAUGUUGGAUGAUAUUUUAAAGAGAAAUGCGUCAGUCAACAUGUAUAUGUUUUUUGGAGGGACUAACUUUGGAUUUAUGAAUGGGGCGAACUACAACUAUCAUCCAGAUAGAUAUCAAGCUCAACCAACAAGCUAUGAUUACGAUGCACCACUAUCAGAGGCUGGGGACAUAACGGAUAAAUAUCAUGCCGUGAGAAACGUUAUAGGAAAGUACCUACCUAUCCCUCCAGGUCCUAUACCACCCUCUGGUCCCAAACAAGCCUACGGAAAAGUUACUAUGGAACAGGUUAUUUCGCUUCAAGAAAUUCUUAAUGACUUCACAAUCUUCUCCUGGACAAAAUCAAAGUAUCCGAUCUCCAUGGAACAACUCGGAUAUUACUACGGUUUUGUCGUUUACAAGACAGUGAUUUCCUUACAAAAUGUUGCUACAUUAAACGUUCCAGGAAUUCGUGAUAGAGGCGUUGUCUAUUGUGAUAGGAAACGUCUUGGUAUUAUUGACCGAAACGGACACACAGAGUUGAAGAUUGAAGAUGACAGUUGUAAAAAUCUCAUGAUCCUUGUUGAGAACGAAGGACGAAUCAACGCUGGUAGUAAAAUGAUUGACCCCAAAGGCAUAAUAAAAAAUGUUACCCUAAAUAAACAGACUUUACUCAACUGGGAGGUAGCGCCAUUUUUACCCAUGACACACGCCGAAAGCAGAAAAAUAGAAUCUUUUGACGAGAAGGAUCCAUCUGGCGUGUAUGCUGGUAGUAUUGUUCAACCAAUAAAAGCCCCAAAAGACUCGUAUCUUAUGUUAAAAGGAUGGAAUAAGGGUCAAGUAUAUAUCAAUGGCUUCAAUCUUGGACGUUAUUGGCCAGUUGAAGGACCUCAAAUAACUUUAUAUGUUCCAGCUAAUGUGCUUCGUGCCGAUUCUCACAAUAAUAUUGUUGUCUUAGAGAUGGAUAAAGCCCCGUGUUUGACACAAUCGUCAUGUUUUGUUGAGUUCGUUACUACACCAAUACUAAAUGGAACAGUGCCAAGUGUUUAUCACUGAACCAGUUCAGGUUUAAAAUCUUCCUACGGGGAAGAUAAUUCUUACGGGACUAUUAUUUUAAAAUAUAAUAAUUAGCAACAAAAAUUAUAAGCAUAAUGUUGUAACAUGUAUAGGUUGUGAAAGAAUUGGUAAAUCAGAAUCGGGAUAUUUUGUUGUUAACUAUAACUUAACUACGUAAAAUGUAGUUAAGAGUUUUUUGUACAACUGACCCUUGGUUUAAUGCGAAAUAGUUGAUAUUCGUGGG